UUGUCGUGCAUUGAUUGCGGACAAAUAUUUGGGCGGCAAAGCGUUCAAGGACACACUCAGUGCAUCACUGAAGCGGAAAAAUAUGGUCCUAAGGGCCCAGGGAAAACUCCAACUGGAACAACUGCCAAGCCAAAAAAUGAUGUAAAACAGAAACCUGAUAUUGAUGUAAAUGUUGGAUUAUCUGAACGUCCUCCAUGGUUUUGUAGCCUUUGUAAUACCAAGGCUACUAGUAAGCAAACCCUGCUUCUCCAUGCUGAAGGAAAGAAGCACCUAGCAAAAGCCCGAGCUUUCCAUGCGAAGCAACAGCCUAAACUGGCAGAAGAAUCCACUCCAAAUGCCAAGGUUUCAUCAGAAAGCAAUCAGAAGGACGAAUUGCCCGGCAAUCUAGACAUAGAGCAACCAAACCUUAAAGUUGGUCCUGUGCAUAAUGUCUCCGAAUCAGGAAAUGGGAGUUUGUUAUCAAGUAAAAAAAGAAAACAUGAGGCAUCUAAAAAUGAUAGCAAUAGGGAAAUGGCUGGAGGUGAUAUGUCAGGUGAAUUAGGCAGCGGAGAAGUGAUUCAGGUUGAAAUAACAGAGAAACAGGAAACCAAGUGUCAAGUUAAGAAAGCCAAACAGUGUGUGACUGAAGAAGAAAAAAUAGUGGAGUGUAAAGAAGAUGCCAAUAAGAAAAUUAAGUGGAAGAAAUUGAUCAAAUCAACCUUGAAAUCGAACCCGGAAGGCAUUCUGAAAAUGAGGAAACUGAGAAAACUUGUUCUGAAGACUCUAAGAGAAUCUGGUUUCACAGAGGAUGAAAGCCAUGUCACUGAUGCGCUUGAGCAGAAGAUUAACUCCAGCUCAAAGUUCACUGUUGAUGGCAAAUACGUCCGUUUGGCAUCCAAAAGUUGAGGCCAGGUUUUUUUCAUAGGAGAAUGGAAAAACCUUGAAGAUUUGCUACGUGAUGGGUUAUCAUUUUUUGCUCACAUUGGAAGCAUUCAAUUUUCACCCCUUUUGAUUAAAAUUGAGUUUUUACCUAAUCUUCAUUUGUUGUUGGUUCCAGAUUAUGGGAUUUUUCUUGGAGGGUAGAUUUGUUACUUUUCUCCAUCUUUUUUGGGUUCUAGGAUGGUUUUUGGAAACAAAUGUUUAUUUUCCCUUCUGCAAUUAAGGCCUGAAUUAUGGUUGUUAAAAAUGUGAAAUAUUUCACAAUGUUUGAUGCUC